AAACAGCAAUGGGGGAAAUGUACACAAUUCCAUUUUUCUGUCAGCAGGUGGCAGACUUCUCUCUCUCUGUUAUGGCCCAGUGGGUCAUUUCUAAAUUACCUUUCUUGUUUACUCUCCCAGUGUUACUUAAACUUGAAGGGAAGCAGAAUAUGCCACCCUAAAAUGGGCAUAUGGAUUAUUGGGAGCUAAAGGCAAUCAAGACCCCACAGACUCAGGAAAAGCUUUUUACCUCCACCGGAACCGCCUGAAAGAAUUUAGAAGGAGUUCCUGUACCAGGAAAAGAGCUAUUACCAGAGAUAACUUUUUCAUCUGAGAGACUUGCCAGCAUGUCAGGGCAAAAGUUUGUUUACCAAGCAUUUGCUCCACAUCUUCCUGUGAAUUGCCUUCCUCUCCUCUGAAGCCCAGGAUGCCUACCUCUUUUCUCCUUAGCUCGGGAUGUUAGUCUCAAUUGCCUGGCUGUCUUUGGGUCUCAUGUCUUUGUGGGGUCCCCACAGGAAAAUCAAGAAGAUUGGAUAAUCAAGAAAUACCUAAUCAGGAUUCUGCUGUACAUGUGAAAAUGAUGCCAGAAUUCCAGAAAAGUUCAGUUCGCAUCAAGAACCCUACAAGAGUAGAAGAAAUUAUCUGUGGUCUUAUCAAAGGAGGAGCUGCCAAGCUUCAGAUAAUAACAGACUUUGAUAUGACACUGAGUAGAUUUUCCUAUGAAGGGAAAAGAUGCCCAACGUGUCAUAAUAUCAUUGACAACUGUAAGCUGGUUACUGAUGAAUGUCGAAAAAAGUUACUGCAACUAAAGGAAAAAUAUUAUGCUAUUGAAGUUGAUCCUGUGCUUACAGUAGAAGAGAAGUACCCUUAUAUGGUAGAAUGGUAUACUAAAUCACAUGGUUUGCUUGUUGAACAAGCUUUACCGAAAGCUAAGCUUAAAGAAAUUGUGGCCGAAUCUGAUGUUAUGCUCAAGGAAGGAUAUGAGAAUUUCUUUGAUAAGCUCCAACAGCACAGCAUCCCUGUGUUCAUAUUUUCGGCUGGUAUCGGUGAUGUUCUAGAGGAGGUUAUCCGUCAAGCUGGUGUUUAUCAUCCGAAUGUCAAAGUAGUGUCCAACUUCAUGGAUUUUGAUGAUAAAGGGUUGCUCAAAGGAUUUAAAGGAGAACUAAUUCAUGUAUUUAACAAACAUGAUGGUGCCUUGAAGAAUACAGAAUAUUUCAAUCAACUAAAAGACAAUAGCAACAUAAUUCUGCUGGGAGACUCACAAGGAGACUUAAGAAUGGCAGAUGGCGUAGCCAACGUUGAACACAUUCUGAAAAUCGGAUAUCUAAAUGAUAGAGUGGAUGAACUUUUAGAAAAGUAUAUGGACUCUUACGAUAUUGUUCUAGUAAAAGACGAAUCAUUGGAGGUGGCCAACUCUAUCUUACAGAAGAUUCUGUAGACAAGCGUUCUUCCAGAGAAGACCUCUCUCCUGUGGGUGCAAUUGACGCAAGAACUGCUCAUCCGUUCGUCUUGCUGAAAGACCUUAUUUAUAAUAUAUUAUUGCUCUUGAACUUUUUCCUGUACGUUACUGAAGUAUUUUCAGACAUGUUGAACCCAUCAACUGGAAGCUCUUUUUCUCCACCUCUCCCAGUACACUCCUCCCUCACUAUAUUUUUAAUAGAAUAAAAAAAAAUUAUUAAAGUCAAAAUUUGAAAAAUAACUCUACAUUUCCAGAGUGAAUUUUGUAGUUCAAUGUUAUCAUGAAGUUUUUGAGGAGUCUUUUUACACUGCAAAAGUUUGUAGAAGUUUAAAAAGAAGUUUUAUGAAAUGGUGAAAUAAAGUGCAUGAUUUUAAGUGUCGCCAUUUUUGUAAUUUGGGUGAAUUAUGCUGAUGAAUCACCACCUCCUGAAAUUGUGGUGUUUGGUGAAAAUCCAUAUUUAUCAGAAAAUACUGGCACCUGGUGUUUGAAAAAACGCUUGGCAUCCACAUAUCACUAAUCAUUACAAAAUGUUCUGUAUUAAAGCACUGAUAAUAAACAUGAAAUGAAAAGCCUUUGUAA